UCGAACCUGGACCGCUCGAUCCGGGGUCGAGCGCACUAACUAUUUGGCCACCGCGCCUCCCGCCUACUUGUGGCCGCAGGAAAUCCUUCAGGCCGAAUGAGGGAAUCGAGCUCAGUGACUAAUAAAUACGAAAAUUCAUGAGUUAAUCCCUAGGUCUACAUGCACUGAGCCGCGGACCGCCACGCAAUCUUCCUCCCUCACAAUAUUUCAGCAGAUUUCCGUUGGGGGUGGGGAGAUUGGGCGACAAGCCCAAAGACCGUUUACGUAUGAGUCUAUAAGUAGGCGAGUAAAACAAGAAAUUGGAGGACCCAGUGGCGGAUCCAGACCUUGAGCUUAGGGAAAGGGGAGGCGGUUUUGUUUUGCUUUCCCUGCCGGCUUUUCUUCCAGCUGCGAAGCGGCGCGAUUCUGACUGCAUCACUUUGACGGCCAGACAUUUCACAACUUUCUGGGUUUGGCGUACGUAUUAUGUAGUGGGAGGGGGAUGACAAAAACAAUGGCGUGCUUGGAGACGUUGCCAUCCCUCCGAUCGCGCUUCGCGCUGCUAAGCCAUGCAUGGUACAUUACAAUUACCAUAUAUGACGUAACUACCUCUCCCAGCCACGACCACCGAUAAUCAAAUUGGAUUCGCUGGGCUGUGGACAAGAGGUGUUCGUCUAUUAGCCAGCUACAAGGGGUACAAGAAUACAAGAUGAGGUUAAGUCCACGGGAAUUGGAAGGACUACUGAUUCAUCAGACUGGCUUUUUGGCUCAGAAACGUCUUGCACGAGGCUUAAAACUGAAUCUGCCGGAGGCUGUGGCUCUCAUUGCAUCACAGCUGAAUGAGUUUAUCAGAGAUGGCAAGACUGUUGCAGAGUUGAUGAAUGUGGGAAAACAGCUGUUAGGUUUAAACCAAGUGCUACCUGGAGUAGCCCAACUAGUUGAAGAAGUGCAAGUAGAGGGAACCUUCCCAGAUGGAACAAAGUUGGUUAGUGUUAUAAUUUUAGGUUUUGCUAUAAUAAUGUAAGUCUUGCCAAAUCAACUUGCAACAAAGUGGAGCUUGAAUGUGAGUCAUAUGUAAUUUAUAGAAGUUUACUUAAUAGUGGUUAUUAAAAUUAUAUUUGAAUCAUUUUUGAUUUUUCAUUCACUGCAGGUGGGAAGUCAUUAUCACUUUGUAGAGGUGAACAAGUAUCUUCAAUUUGACAGAGCGGCUGCUUUUGGCAUGAGGCUGAAUAUUGCGGCUGGGACUGCUGUUCGAUUUGAACCAGGCGACACCAAAACAGUUGAACUUGUUGAGAUUGCUGGGAACAGAGUAAUCCGAGGUGGCAAUGGACUCGCUGACGGGCCUGUUAAACCAGAGGUCCUAGACCAGGUCAUGAAGAAAGUGGCUCAACAAGGUUUUGCUCAUAAACCACAGGAUGAUAAGGAGACUGGUAUCAGCAAUGCGACUAUUAAACGAGAGUUGUACAUUGAAAUCUUUGGUCCUACUGUUGGAGACAAGAUCUACCUUGGAGACAGUGCCCUUGUUAUUGAAGUGGAGAGAGAUUGCACUGUAUACGGAGAUGAGCUUAAGUUUGGAGGAGGAAAGGUUUUGAGGGAAGGCAUGGGCCAGGCAGCAGAUGUCACCCACAAAGAUGCCCUGGAUACAGUUAUCACCAAUGCUCUGAUUGUAGAUGCUGUUGCUGGUAUCUUCAAGGCUGAUGUAGGAAUAAAGAAUGGAUUAAUAUCUGCCAUUGGAAAAGGAGGUAACCCAGAUGUCAUGGCAGGAGUCACGGAGGGAAUGGUGUGUGGUGUCGGCACAGAAGUCAUUGCUGGUGAAGGGCUUAUCUUGACUGCAGGAGGUUUUGAUGCCCACAUUCACUUUACAUGCCCACAACUUGCUGAAGAAGCUAUCGCAUCUGGACUGACGACUAUGGUUGGAGGUGGAACAGGGCCUGCUACUGGUACAUGUGCAACAACUUGCACCCCUGGACCAAACCACAUCAAGGCAAUGAUUCAAAGUACAGAUGCAUUUCCCCUUAACUUUGGUUUCACAGGAAAGGGAAACACAUCUAAGUCCAGUGGUGUUGCAGAGGAGUUAGAAGAACAGAUCAAAGCUGGUGCAAUUGGUUUGAAACUUCAUGAGGACUGGGGAACAACUCCUGCUGCAAUUGACUGUGCUCUGACUGCUGCUGAAAAACAUGAUGUGCAGAUCACCAUCCACACGGAUACUCUCAAUGAAUCAGCAUGUGUAGAACAAUCAAUAGAAGCUUUCAAGGGCCGGACAAUUCACACCUAUCACUCCGAGGGUGCUGGUGGUGGCCAUGCCCCUGAUAUCAUUAAGGUGUGUUCUGAAGGGAAUGUGAUUCCGUCAUCGACCAAUCCCACCAGGCCCUUCACUCGCAACACCAUUGAUGAGCACCUGGAUAUGUUGAUGGUUUGCCACCAUCUUGACAAAAAUCUGAAGGAAGAUGUAGCAUUUGCAGAGUCCCGUAUCAGAGCAGAAACAAUUGCAGCAGAAGACAUCCUUCAUGAUAUGGGGGCAAUUAGCAUCAUAUCUUCAGAUUCACAGGCCAUGGGUCGUGUUGGUGAGGUGAUCUGUCGUACGUGGCAAACAGCGGACAAGAUGAAGAAACUCAGAGGAAGGCUUUCUGAAGAAAAGGGUAGCAAUGAUAACAUACGUGUACGCCGUUACAUAGCCAAGUAUACUAUAAACCCAGCUUUGGCACAUGGUAUGGCACAUCAUAUUGGAUCUAUAGAGGUUGGAAAAUUGGCUGAUUUGGUUCUAUGGAAUCCAGCAUUGUUUGGUGCCAAGCCAGAGAUUGUAGUGAAAGGAGGCCAAAUUGCUUGGUCUCAAAUGGGAAAUCCCAAUGCCUCAAUACCAACCCCUCAGCCUGUCAGGCCACGUCCUAUGUUUGGUGCCUUUGGAGCUGCUGUUGGAGCUAACUCUGUUGUAUUUGUAAGCAAGGAAUGCAGUGAUCAUAAUGUUUGCCAAACAUAUGGAAUCAGCAAGAAAACAGUUGCAGUAAAAGGGUGCCGCACAGUGAAAAAGACGGAUAUGGUGUUGAACAACUAUUUGCCAAAGCUUACAGUUGAUCCCCAGACAUACAAGGUUCACAUUGUUGACAGUAAGGAUCCUUCCAAAAAGGAGCACAUCACCUGCAGCCCAGCAGACCAAAUCCCUAUGGCCCAGAGAUUUUUCAUUUUCUAAAAGGGCUCACUGCUUGCUGGCACUGGAUGCAGAAAUCUGCAGACAAUCUAGUAGCCUGACAUGUUUCCUAUAGAGAAACUUGUUACAGAACACAUCAUUGGAUUCAUUUAAUUUGUUUUAAACAUUUUCUCGUGUUUUAGUAUAUAGCAGUCUGAAAAGCUUCAGACUAAAGUAUUUAGAAAAGCACCUAGUAAUGUUUUAUUUCAAAACUCUGCACAAAAACUACAGCUUUAAAUCCCAUAUGGGAAUAUGUAGUUUUGACAUGUAACAGUGUACUUUGAACAAAAAUUCUGAUCAAGCAAGGCACUGGAAACAACCAGUCAGACACUUUUACUAAAUGAAUAUCUUAUCAGCAGAACCAUAACCCAAGAUUCUUGAGGGACCGUUAAUUAGUUGACCCCCUGUGAGCAUUCAAAGUACAUUGCUACGUUGAGUCAAAAAUGUUAGGUGUUUUGUGAAAAUGUUUCAUUAAUACAUUUGGCAUUUAUUACGUACAAUGUAUUGGUGUUGGUUGUGUAAGGGAUUGUAAGGCAUAAUUGUAAUUUUCAUGAUAGUAGGAAACCAUCUCCCAUAUUGAUCCAAGUGGGACUGAUCUCAGGUUUCAAGUGACAAACUUAUUUAAUUUUUAAUUUUGUGGAACGAUUUCAAACCAAGAUUUUGCUUUCUUUUAUUUUCCUACUGAUUCACUAUUAUUUCUUGGGGAAAAUGGGGUAAUUUGUAGAUGUCUUGAGAAUUUUUCAUCGUGAUUACUAGAGGUUUAGAAUAAUAGUUAAUCAAAGGAAUGUUGCAUUCAUGCAAACAUGCAGUCAUUAUAAUAAUAUUGCCAAGUGAGAUGGUGAUAAUGUUGCACACUAAAUAAAAGAGGAAAAGUGUAUGUCAAAUCUUGUAAAACAGGAUUAGUGUUAGUGGUAUUUGGUGAAACCAUUAUGAGGUUUAGUCAGACCUUCUUAAACUCACAACUGUGGUCCUAGUUUAUUGUAUUUUCAGUUAAGAAAAGCAAUAAAUGAUAAUUACACAAUUUGCCUAAA